CGGCUGCGGAUAUCAAUCUAGAUGUCCCUCUUCGGCAUUCGUAAUUCCGCAUUGGUUGCGUUGGCAAGUUUAGGAAAGGAUCCUGGGUUCCUGAUUCAAGCGAUUGGAAAGCCGAGGAGAAACCAGUGUUGGCAUCAUGUCAGACAAAAGCGAGCUAAAAGCAGAGCUUGAAAGGAAGAAGCAACGCCUGGCUCAGAUCAGGGAGGAGAAAAAAAGGAAGGAAGAUGAGCGCAAAAAGAAAGAGGCUGACCCGAAGAAAGAUGCCGCCCCACUGGAUGACUCGGACUUGGAGAAAAAGAGACGUGAGACAGAUGCCCUUCUGCAGAGCAUGGGCAUCACGUCAGCUGAUGUUCCUGUUGUCCCUCCUCCCAUGUCUCCAACCUGCAAAUCCGUGGGCACACCAAGCGAGGCAGGGAGCCAAGACUCAGGCGAUGGCGCCGUGGGACCCAGGCGUGGACCUCUGAAGAUGGGCAUGGCCAAGAUCACCCAUGUUGACUUCCCUCCAAAAGAGAUGGUGUCGUACACCAAGGAGACCCAGACACCUGUGAUGACCCAGCAGAAAGAAGAGGAAGAAGAAGAGGAGGAAGUUGCUCCACCACAACUAGUGCCUGAGGCCCGAACAGAGAAACCUGUCCAGAAAGAGGAGGAGGAAGCACCUCCACAAGAGCUGACCGAGGAGGAGAAGCUGCAGAUCCUCCACUCUGAGCAGUUCAUAACCUUCUUUGACCACAGCACCCGCAUCGUGGAGCGGGCCCUGUCCGAACAUGUGGACGUCUUCUUCGACUACAGUGGUCGCGAGAUGGAGGAGAAGGAGGGUGAGAUCCAGGCGGGGACCAAGCUGUUUCUGAACAGGCAGUUUAUGGACGAGCGCUGGUCCAAGCACCGUGUGGUCACCUGUCUGGACUGGUCCGCUCAGUAUCCUGAGCUGCUGGUUGCCUCAUACAACAACAACGAGGAAGCCCCCCACGAGCCGGACGGGGUGGCCCUGGUCUGGAACAUGAAGUACAAGAAGAACACGCCGGAGUACGUCUUCCACUGCCAGUCUGCAGUGAUGUCGGCCGCCUUUGCCAAGUUCCACCCUAACCUGGUGGUGGGGGGCACCUACUCAGGGCAGAUCGUUCUGUGGGACAACCGGAGCAACAAGAGGACCCCCAUACAGAGGACCCCCCUGUCAGCAGCAGCACACACGCACCCAGUGUACUGUGUGAACGUGCUGGGCACCCAGAACGCCAACAACCUCAUCAGCAUCUCUACCGACGGCAAGAUGUGUUCCUGGAGCCUGGACAUGCUGUCUCAGCCGCAGGACAGCCUGGAGCUGGUGUUGAAGCAGUCGAAGGCCGUCGCUGUCACCUCCAUGUCUUUCCCCCUCGGAGAUGUCAACAACUUUGCGGUGGGGAGUGAGGACGGUUCCGUCUACAUGGCGUGUCGUCAUGGAAGUAAAGCAGGGAUCAGUGAGAUGUUUGAGGGCCACCACGGGCCUAUCACGGGGAUAGACUGUCACACAGCGACCGGGCCCAUCGACUUUUCCCACCUGUUUGUCACCUCCUCCUUCGACUGGACCGUCAAGCUGUGGAGCACUAAGAACAACAAGCCGCUGUACUCGUUCGAGGACAACUCGGAUUACGUCUACGACGUCAUGUGGUCUCCCACUCACCCGGCGCUGUUUGCGUGUGUGGAUGGAGUGGGCCAUCUUGACCUGUGGAACCUGAACAACGACACUGAGGUUCCUACAGCCAGUACCACAGUGGAGGGGAACCCAGCCCUGAACCGCGUGCGAUGGGCCCAUUCCGGCAAAGAGAUUGCCGUGGGAGACUCUGAUGGACAGAUUCUGGUCUAUGAUGUUGGAGAGCAAAUCGCCGUUCCACGCAACGACGAGUGGACCCGUUUCGUCCGAACCCUGGCGGAGAUCAACGAGAACCGGGACGACGCAGAGGAGCUGGCCGCUCAGCGCCUCUCUGCCUGAUCACCAUGGAAACUCCAGUCUAGGGACCAGCGAAAGGCUUCAUAAUGUCAGCCUUGUUUUGAUUGGAGGAAAAGAUGCGAUUGCGACAGUGUUCAGGCGUGUGGACAUCUUAUCUUUGGAAACAUUGUAGUCAGAUUUAAUACACAUAGCUACUUAACUGGGAUACUUCUGCCUUCUGCGGGUUUAAGCACACCAGUCUCCGAUGGGAUAACUAACAGGGCUAUCUAUCAACCUCAGACACUACAAGAAACAAAGCCAUCUUCUUACUCUGCAAUACAAAUCAGUUGAACUCUUUUUCAAAUACUCAAAAACCAGAAUGCCUUAAAGGUACCAUGUCAACUCCACACAGAGAUGUCUGAAUCCAUACGGUAGUGUUGUGGGUUUAGCUUCAGUUUCACAGGCCACUCAACUUGUUUGUGGUUACACCACCUUGAGCAUGUGUUUGCUGUCCUCAUGACUGAUGUUUGCUGUUCACCAUCUGUGCUUAGAUGCCCGUGUCCACUUCAACUGCAGUAGACCCAUCACGUCAUUACUACACACAGGAAUGUAGUGGUCUCAUCAUACAUCAGCCAGUGUUUUUAUAUGUUCUUUUAACCUAGAUGCACAAAAUCUCCACUUGUUUUUGUAAUAUAUGGAAAAAUGUAACCUUCAACUUGACUAUUGCUCUUAAACUAAAUUUGACACUUAAGAUAUCAGAAUCUUUAGAAGUUUGAUCGAGGGAGAACUACCUGAAGAUAUUAUGCUGUAUUGGAAAAUUGCUUAAUGUGCAGUAUGAAUUCAGUAUCCAUACUUUAUGGCGUGACCUAGAUAUUACAGAGAAUGUCUCCCACAUAUGCUCUCAUGAAUCUCAAUGUACUUUUUUCACAAUUUCAAAUUAUACCAUUUUGAUUUAUUUCAACAAAAUACAAUAAAUACAUUUAAAUGAU